UUUAGGUCUAGAUGUGAACUUCAAGAAUUUUAUAAAUAUUCAAUCAUCCUCAUAAGAGUUUGAAGUUACUAGAUUGUUGAGUAUUGUGAAGGCCAACAAUUAACUGAGUGCGCUACAUGUCGCUAUCGUAAUGCCUGUACUCGAGUCUCUUAUGCUCGGUGAGAAGACAGCAGUUGUCUUUGACAUAGGCUCAGUUUACACCAAAUGUGGUUUCGCUGGAGAAACUGGACCAAGGUUUAUUAUACCAACAGAAAUUACUUUGGUUUGGUGAACUUGUAAAGUACAUUGGUAUUUUCAGCUCACAGGUGAAAAAAGAAAUAUAUCCUCAUGUGAUGGAAAGGAUAAAAGACGGGAGUUCUUGACGACGUUUCUCUACAAUAUAUACUAUCGGUAUGAUCAUCCAAAUUUACUUCGCACUUCGUAGACAUUUGUUGGUAAACCCAAAGGACAGACGAGUUGUUGUAGUUGAAAGUGUGCUAUGUCCUUCAUCAUUCCGUGAAGUUUUGGCCGAUGUUUUGUUCAAUCAUUUUGAAGCACCUUCUGUACUUUUUGCAACUUCCCACUUGAUGGCACUAUUUACUCUUGGGAUUUCGUCGGCUGUUGUAUUAGACUGUGGUUAUACGGAUGUCCAAGUUCUGCCUGUUUAUGAGGGUUACACACUACUAAACGCUUGGCAGUCAGCGCAGCUUGGUAGCAAAAAAAUUCAUAAAAACAUCAGGAGUUACCUAAAUGAGAAUGCCAAGUUGGUGGAUGUUAUCAACGGAGAGUCGCAGUUAACCCCCUGUCCAGAUUGUUUUAUUUCGGAACAUAUUAUUGAAGAUAUAAAAGUUCGUACGUGUUUUGUUAGUCCACACAAUAGGGCGGUCCAGUGGAAGGCUUGGAAGGAUUCUGCUGAAUCAUCGGCCGCAAAGCCCAACUUGUAUCAAGAAACAUUUAUUUUCCCCCUGGACAAGUUAGGAAACGAAAGACCAAUUCAAGUUACAUCAGAUAUCCGAGAGUUGGCAGUUGAAUGUUUGUUUACUGGAGACAAUGACCAAAUUACACUUACAACACUAAUUUUAAGAUCAAUUUUGUUGGCACCUAUUGAUAUUAGAAGGAAGUUGGCAGAAAAUAUUGUACUUAUUGGUGGCACAACCAUGCUACCUGGCUUCGUAUCUCGUCUAAUGGAGGAACUCAAUUCACUUGUCGAACUUCCUGAGUUCUCAAAGUUACAAGCUUUGAAGGGAUCUUUUAAAUUUCACAACCCCCCUGGUGAAGCAAAUUACAUAGGAUGGCUUGGUGGGGCAAUUUUCGGUGCACUUGAAUGUUUACCAGGACGUUCACUGAGUCGGUCUAGUUUCUUGGAAAAUGGUUUAGUUCCAGACUGGUGUACCCAAAUUGAUCAGAAACACAAUGAUCUUGAAAGGCAGGAUACUACCCGCCAGUGAUAUCUAAUAUGAUUUCGUGUUAAGUAGACAAUUACGUAUUUAUCAUUCAGUAAAUCUAUUUCCCUUUAAGCGUCUGUUAACUUUCCCUUUGUUUACAACUUAUUUUUGAUAAUCUUAUUUCCCGACCAGCUAGUACUUUAAUUAUUUCCUCGUUUUGUCAGUUGGGUGCUUUGGGUUUUGGAAAUAAAUUCUUUUCAAAAUGUCUGACUUUUGGCUACACUAAUUUGGCGAAUCUUUCUAUGCUUUUAUGUUGUUGUGGAUCAUAUUAAAUCUAGAUACAAACUAAUCGAUUUCAAUUUGAGAAAGCUUACAUUUUACUUCUGGGUGAUUUUAAGAAAAAAUUUAGUAAUCGCCUUUCUAGUUAUUUGAUUAACACCAUAGAAAACAAACAAACGCCCAGUUAUUAUCGUUAUUUUUAGGUGUUAUUUAAAGAAGUCCUUGAAAUACGAAUCAUUGAUUGUUGAAUCGACACUUAUAAUUCCAUGAAAAGGUAAUCUGCUUUUUGCCACCAAUAUACAACAAUACAUUUCCUGAAAUGUUUAGUAUAAGAUUUUUGUUUGGGGUAAGUGGAAAGAGUCGUAGACCAUCCAUCUAGGGGAGUUGGAAAAC